GAUGAAUUUUUAGAUGUGAUCUACUGGUUCCGACAGAUUAUUGCUGUGGUCUUGGGUGUCAUUUGGGGCAUUGUGCCCUUGCGAGGCUUCUUGGGAAUAGCAGGAUUCUGCCUGAUCAAUGCAGGAGUCCUAUAUCUCUACUUCAGCAACUACCUACAAAUUGACGAGGAAGAGUAUGGUGGCACGUGGGAGCUCACCAAAGAAGGGUUCAUGACAUCAUUUGCCUUGUUCAUGGUCAUUUGGAUCAUCUUUUACACUGCCAUCCACUAUGACUGAUGGCGUUUGCUACCAUCUCUUCUGUCCAAUCCAAAGGACCCUUUUAUUACAGCACAGAUACAUGCUUGUUGGGGCACUCCUGCCACGUGGUACUGAGAAGACCCAUGUCUCUUGGACUUAGAAUCAUCAUGUUGGGCAUUGGUGUUUUCUGCAAGGGUUGUGAAACUUUUCAAAGAACCAUCUACCUUUGGGGAAAUAGUUGUGAAUUUGUUUAUCACAGACCAUUUUUUCUUGGACACCAUCAUGUAAUGGCUGUUUGCCAAGUGGAGCUGCUGUCUAAUCUUACGCACCUCUGUAACAGCUGUUUGCCAAGUGGAGCUGCUGUCUAAUCUAAUGGCCUCUGGAUCCGGAUGAAACAUGAAAUUGUCUUCCUUAGUUCUCCGUCAGGUGCACAGUUUUUAAACUAUCAUUGGCAUCUCAAGUCUUCUGAAAACACCAUGUGCGUGAGCCAUUGCACAGUACGGGCAGCCAUCUAAUAAGUUUCCACUGUAGAGUGUUUUCGGAUACUUGAAUAAACAAGUCUAACUGAAA